UGAAAAGCUAUUGAUGCAGUCAAAAUCGAGUCACGUAGUCAAAAGUUUAAAUUUUAUUAAGCAAAAGAAAGUGAAAAUGAUAACAAUUGUGUCUAGCUUUUUAUUCGUGAUCACUUUUGCUAUUAUUUUAAAUGAGAGUUUUGCAACUGGUGGAGUUUGCUUUUCAUCAGAAGAAAUGAAUAUUGAUGAAUUAGAAUAUGAUGGAGAAGCAGUUACAUUCGCCUGUGUCAGCGACUCGUCUCAAAUUGAGUUCUAUAUGGUUGAAAUUAAUGGGAGCGUACCGUCUGAAUUGAUUGAUAUGUUGGACAAUGGAAAAGGCAUAUCAUUCUUUUUCCAUGGUGUUGGCAAUGAAAUUACCUUUAAAAAUGGUGCCUUUUAUAGAUUUGCAGAAGAAUGGUUCAAUGUGUCUGGCAACAAUAUUUGUACCGUAACGUAUCCUUUUAAAAAAGAUCCAAUGACGACAUUCGAAUGGUUCCGUAGUUUGAAUAAUUUGGUGAAAUCAAAACGUCUUGAUUUCGCUGCAAAGUUGGCUCGUGACAUAGUGUUGGGCGUACGAGAUAAAUGCGUUCAGUCGGAAGGAAGACAAUGUCUUAGACACAUGUCACAGGUUGAUGUGAGUGGUUUCAGCUUCGGUGCACAUAUGGCUGGACGAGCUUGUCAAUAUAUACUAGAGAAAACUGGUGAAAGAGUUCGAAUGCUAUUGGCAUUGGAUCCAUCCAAGACCCCACCAUUUGGAGCAAAAAUAAAGAAUUCCAUCAAAAGAGGACACGCCAACUAUGUUCAAGUGAUUCAUACCUCAAGUGUCGUUGCACUGUGGGAACAACUUGGUGAUAUUGACAUAUUUGUGAAGCAAAAAACAGAUUCAUCAUUUUUGGAUUCGAUUAUUGAAAAACAUCAAUUGGCCGUUGAAAUACAUAUGGCAACAGCAACUAAACGUAUUUAUCUGAUUGCCGACGAAAAUGAAAAGGGAAACGGCACAAUGGUGAAAAGAGAAGAAAAUGAAUCAUUCAUUGAGCCAACGCCGAAGGCCAACGAAUGUCUAGUUGGCAUUUACGGUACAAUGGGACAACGUGGUAAAAAAGGGAAAAAGUUUACAAUUCGAUUGAAGAACUCUGAUAUUUCGCACAUAAUGGCGGAUCGCCCAAAUAAUUAUAAUAUCAAUUUCGACAUUGAUGAGGAAAUGCUAAAUGAAUUGAUGAAUAACAUGAAUAAUCAAGCCAAUCGAAAAGAGUAGCACCGAUUUUGACUUACACAUCAGUUUGAAUGGAUAAAUUGAUGACAAAACUGAGUUUGUUUUCAACAAAAUUCAAUUUUUUCACUAUUUUGUUCAGUGGUUAGUUCAAACAGCUUGUUUUCAAAUGUCAUAACAGUUUUUUUUAAAUAAUAGAAUUUUGAAUAAAUUUCAAUUUUCCAUAUUAUGCCCAUAAAUUAA